CGGGGUUUCCCUGAAUACGGGUGCGCUGUAAUAAGCUCCGUUUAGCUGCUUUAGCUCAUUGACGGCGGAUCAGCGCGAAUGAAACAAUGGCCUCUGCAAAUGAUGCCCGUUAUGGUCAGAAGGAAUCGGCUGAUCAGAACUUUGAUUACAUGUUUAAGAUCCUGAUUAUUGGAAACAGCAGCGUCGGGAAAACCAGCUUCCUGUUCCGCUACGCUGACGACUCCUUCACUCCGGCCUUCGUCAGCACCGUCGGCAUUGACUUCAAAGUCAAGACCAUAUACAGGAACGACAAGAGGAUCAAGCUGCAGAUCUGGGACACUGCCGGUCAGGAGCGAUACCGGACGAUCACUACAGCGUAUUACCGCGGCGCGAUGGGCUUCAUCCUGAUGUACGACAUCACUAACGAAGAUUCCUUUAACGCGGUUCAGGACUGGUCCACUCAGAUUAAAACAUACUCAUGGGACAACGCCCAGGUACUGCUGGUGGGGAAUAAGUGUGAUAUGGAGGACGAGCGGCUGGUGGCGUCUCAGAGAGGGAGACAGCUGGCAGAUCAGCUCGGUUUUGAGUUUUUUGAGACCAGCGCUAAAGACAACAUCAACGUGAAGCAGACGUUUGAGCGGCUGGUGGACGUUAUCUGUGAGCGAAUGUCGGACAGUUUGGAGGCUGGAGACCCCACAGUUACUGGAGCCAAGCAGGGUCCUCAGCUCACCGAGCAACCGCAGCGUUCACACCAGGACUGCGCCUGUUAAAAUACUCAUAAUACACUCACAGUACCCUCACACUAACCUCAGUAGCCCAAAUACAGCGCCACACCAGGACUGCUCCUGUUAAAAUACUCAUAAUACACUCACAGUACACUGAAUCUGACCUCAGUACCCCCAAAUACAGUGUCACACCAGGACUGCGCCUGUUAAAAAACUCAUAAUACACUCACAGUACACUCAAACUGACCUUAGUGCCCCAAAUACAGCGUCACACCAGGACUGUGCCUGUUAAAAUACUCAUAAUCCACAAUCAAAUAUCAAUCAAUAACAAUCAAAAGAACAAUCAGAUACAGUCAGGUACAUAUACAGUAGGCUACACCUAAUCUCCUGCAGUUACAAUUACAUACAUUUAUAAUCACAUCCAGUUACAGUCAGACACAGCUGCAGUCAAAUACACUUACAGACACAGCUAAAGUCACAUAUCGUCACAGUCAGGUACAGUUACAUAUGCAUUUGCAGUCAGAUACACAGUGACAGUCAGAUACACAGUUACAGUCAGAUACACAAUCACACACAGUCAGAUACACAAUCACAGUUACAGUCAGAAAUAUAAUCACACACAGUUACAGUCACAAUCACAUACAGUUACUAAGAUACACAAUCACACACAGUUACAGUCACAGUCAGAUACACAAUCCCAUAAUGUUACAAUCAGAUACACAAUCACAGUUAGAGUCAGAUGCAAAAUCACACACUGUUACAGUCAGAUACACAAUCACACACGGUUACAAUCAGAUACACACACACACAAUUACAGUCAGAUACACAAUCACACACAAUUACAGUCAGAUACACAAUCAGACACGGUUACAGUCUGAUACACAAUCCCAUAAUGUUACAGUCAGAUACACAGUCGCACAGUUACAGUCAGAUGCAAAAUCACACACAGUUAUAGUCAGAUACAAAAUCACACACA